AUGGAUCCCCAGGAGGAGCAGCCAGAAGCAGCUGGGGCACCGGCUUCCACCGAGGACGAUGGGAUGACUUGGUGGUACAAAUGGCUGUGUAAGCUGGCUGGAAUCCUGGGGGGCAUCUCCUGCGCUUUUUCUGGCCUCUGGAUGUGCAUGACCAUCUACCCUCUCAACAUAGCAGCUGGAGUUUGGAUGAUGUUGAAUGCCUUCAUUCUCAUCUUGUGCGAAGCUCCGUUCUGUUGCCAGUUUGUAGAGUUUGCAAACGUCGUCUCAGCCAGGGCAGACAAGCUCCGUCCGUGGCAAAAAGCAGCUUUCUAUUGUGGGAUGGCUAUAUUCCCAGUUAUUCUAAGCCUGACCUUGACCACCUUGAUCGGCAACGCCAUUGCCUUUGCUACGGGACUGCUUUAUGGGCUUUCGGCACUGGGCAAAAAGGGCGAUGCCAUUUCAUACGCGCGGAUGCAACAACUGCAGCAGAAACCAGCCGGCAACGAUGGGAUGGCAGAAAAUGUCCAAGUGCAGCUGGUGUGACCUUUUCAGACCACCUUUUGAACCAGCCUCUUCCUGAUUUUUGACACUGGAGACAUUGCAGGGCUGAGGGUCAGACAGCCCUGGCUACUUUGAAAUGCUUCCAAAAUUAAUUCCAAGAUAAGGGACCUUUUUAAUAACAGCAACACCACCACCCUGAAUUCAUGCAUCACUGUGAAUCUUAAUAUGCUGCAGCUUUAAGGGUUUAAAGUGGGGUUUGCCCCCCCCCCCCAGCUUCAUUCUCAGGUCAGAGUGGAAUCAAAUCAGGUGAAAACAAAAAUCUCCACAUCAAUGUGAAUACUCUUUGGCUGCUUUCAGAAAAGACUGCUACUAUGAAAGUGUUCCAGUUUGCGUACCCAAUGUGGGUGGAACAAGUAUAUUCUUCAAUGCCUAAUUCUGCCACUGUUUCCACUGCUUUUUUAAAUCUCUGGUUCUUUUCCAUUUCACAAAAAUUACAACAAAACAAAACUAAAGGAUGUAUGUGUGUGUGGGAGGGGGAAUGAAGUAACUGAUGCGCUAAUUGGAUUGCUAGGAACUGCUUUCUAGAAGCAUUGUGUAUGCAGUGAUGUCAAAUAUUAUUUGCAAAAAACUUUUUUGGGGUGAGAAAUGCAAUGCAGAACUUCCAAAAUUAAAGGUCACUGUAAUAACACCCUGGAGACAAAAUCAGCCCCUGGUGACUGCAUCCAUGCAGUUUUUAUUUCCAGCAUUAAUCCAUCUUCGAUUAUCAUCUGAGAGGUGGGAGAAUCAGGGAAAGGAAGCUAUUUUUGAAACUGGGGUGGGAGGGAAAAUGAAUUUUAGCUUUGAUUUAUUUCUUCUGGUAAAUCUAUACUGGUGAUCUCUUCGUGCUCCGAAGUUUGAGGUUUGGUGGCUUGGGUGUCAUUUUCUCACCUGUCCUUCAAACUUUUCUAAAGCAUUUGGGUUUCUUAUCUUUGGAAAUCCAGAGCUUCUUUCCCUGAGUUUUUAGAGAGAUGUGAUUUAAUAUUGUUAGAAAUUAGUAAAGUGUGUGCUGAUUGUGAGAUGCAUUUUGUUAGGCAGAGAAAUAACUGAAGACUGUUUUCUUUGUGGUG